UCCUGGCCUCAUAUCCCACAAUGCCCCGGGACCGGAAGAGGGAGCCGUGGUUUCCGGAACUUCUCUCGCCACUGGGCGUUUGCUCUGUCGGGCUGGUGGCGAGUUGGUGUCUCUUGGUUUGUUAUGGCCGCCGCCGUCGCUAUGGAGACAGAUGAUGCUGGAAAUCGACUUCGGUUUCAAUUGGAAUUGGAAUUUGUGCAAUGUUUAGCCAACCCAAAUUACCUUAAUUUUCUUGCCCAAAGAGGUUACUUCAAAGACAAAGCUUUUGUUAAUUAUCUUAAAUACUUGCUUUACUGGAAAGACCCAGAAUAUGCCAAGUAUCUAAAGUACCCUCAGUGUUUACACAUGUUAGAGCUGCUCCAAUAUGAACACUUCCGAAAGGAGCUGGUGAAUGCCCAGUGUGCAAAAUUUAUUGAUGAACAGCAGAUUCUACACUGGCAGCACUAUUCCCGGAAGCGGAUGCGCCUUCAGCAAGCCUUGGCAGAGCAGCAACAGCAAAAUAACACAUCGGGAAAAUGAAAAACUGGAUACAGACGAGGCUCUGAAGAUAUAUAUAUAUAUAUAUAUAUAUGUGUGUGUGUGUGUGUGUGAAGACAAAAAAAAUGAAAACCUCUCCUAUCUAGCUUUAUUAUGGUAGCCCCUAGAAACUUUAGUGUGCUUUUUAAUCCAACUAACUUUUUAUUGUUAAUAGACUAUCACUGUUAAACCUGAAAUGUUCUACUUUGAUUUCCA